CAUUUUUUUUUUUUGUAUAAGGUAUGGAGUUUCCACGGGUAUGCGUACAUCCGGGGCCAGAAGUGUACGAUGUGUUAACACUCCAGGAGAAGCAUCGAUCAGAGGCUGUGUGGGAUGGUUCCUUGAGAGGACCGACCGGAUGCCUGUUUCCUCGCCGCGCGGAUACUGAAUUUUGGAAGCAUGUGAGGCGUCAUCCUUUUCAUCCUCGCAUCCUUGACUACUUUGGCCUGUGUGGAUUUAGGGGAGUAAUAGAGGUAGGAUGUGUAUCAUAUGAUUGGGCAGUCAUCACUGCACUUAUAGAGAGAUGGCGUCCUGAGACGCACACCUUUCAUCUGCGUACAGGUGAGGCGACCAUCACAUUACAAGAUAUCGAGGUCAUGUUUGGCUUGGUUGUUGAUGGUUAUCCCUUGAAUAAUCUUAAUGCUAGAUAUAUCGAUAUUGGUGGGUGGCAACAAUUGAUCCAUGAGCUUACUGGUUGGGCACCCGGUCUGGAUUGUUUUAAUGGUGUUAGUAGGUUACAAGUACAUAAAUUAAUUGAAUAUAUUAGAGGCUUAGAUGAUAUUACAGAUCAGACCCCAGAAAUUGAUGUGCAACAGCGGGUUAGGUUGUACUUGCUAUGGCUUUGUGGCGGCACGAUAUUUCCAGAUAAGUCCGGUGACUUACUGAAUUUAGAUUAUUUGCUUGACAUGCGUGACCUUAGAGCAAUGAAUGAACAAGCUUGGGGAGCGGCUGCAUUGUCAUAUUUGUAUACUUGUUUAUGCCGUGCUUCGUUGAGGAAAGCGAAGGAUGUGUGUGGAUUCAUUUCCUUAUUGCAGGUUUGGGCUUGGGAGCGCAUUAUACCGAUGCAGCCACCAUGCAGGGCUCUUCCGCCACACACGGCUCUUGCACGAAGGUGGACUCAUCGUAAAUCCCACGAAAAUGAGGCACGUGAUGUUUUACCCAUAUGUAGGGAUGUAUUGGACAACCUAAUAGAUGGCCAGUUUGUGUGGCAGCCUUAUUCAGAGGCCAUCAUCAACAGACUCCCUGAGUGGUGUCUGCGUGGCCGAGAUAUUUGGAUGGCGAAAGUUCCCCUUAUUUGUGGGAUCUAUCGAGAGUGGCACAUGGUAGACCGCGUUCUCAGACAGUUUGGUAGGAAGCAACAUAUUCCGGGUCCAUGUGCAGAGAUUGAUCCUUUUCAUUACAAACGUGACAAGCGGUAUGCUAUAAAAGUGGAGGAUCAAGAAUAUUUUACAGAAACAGACUUUUUGUGGGGAAAUCGUCGAGAUAGUUUAAUUCAGGCCGAGUAUGAAACUCAAGAUCCACAGUCACUAUCAGAGUAUUUUUGUUGGUAUCGACGUCACUCGCGCACUUUCAUAGGAAAUCCUGCGCAUAAAGUGGAUAGAGGAUAUCAACACAUGGCAGGCAGGAAUGAGGCACUAGCUUUAGGACAUCAAGAAUCAUACAGGUUGGCUCAGCAGACUAUCCAAGAUCCAACCAAGUCUAAUGAAGUGAAGGAAAUAGCAGAGAUGUUUAGCCACAUUAAUACAGAGUCCAUGGCUGCUGCCUCUCUGGGGACGAUAUUGAGUUUCGCUCCAUAUUAUACACCACCGGCAGAGUAUGUUGAGCCGCCUACUAUGCAAGUGCCUCGCCAUCAACGUCCUAAUGUACCAAGACCUGCGGCGCGUGGUAGAGGACGCCAAUCAGGUAACAGACGGGGUCGAACUCCCGUGGAUCACCAGUUGGUUGAUGAGGAAGAGAUGAUGAUUCAUAUCACCUAA